AUGGUAGAUUCAUGUUGUAAUACAAAUGAUACAAUAAAUGCAGUAUUUCAUCAUAUAAAUAAACAUAAAAAAGGAGAUUUAAAAGAAUGUUUAUUAUCAGCUAUUAGAGGAUUUAGAAAUGGUGUUUUAACAGGUGUUAGAAUUAGAAUACCAUAUAUUUUCCAAGCGGUGAUUUAUGCGGUAUUAGCAGGUGGUGAAGAGAAAUCAAUUGGUAGAGUUAAAUUUGUAAUUAAACAAAUGUUUUAUCAUGGUAAAAAUCUUGGUAUGUUUGUUGGUAUCUAUAAGAGUAUUUGUUGUAUACUUCGUAAUAUUGGUAUUAAAGGUGGUAUCGAUAGUUUAGUAGCAGGUUUCAUUGGUGGUUAUUAUGCAUUUGGUGAAUCAAAAUCCGUUAGUGGUAGUGUAAAUAAUCAAAUCGUUUUAUACCUUUUCGCUCGUGCUUUAAUUGGUAUAAUACAAGGUAUGGUAAAAAGAAAAAUUAUACCACAAUCACUUUCAACUACAACUCCAAAAGGUUUUAGAAUUUUCGCUGCUGUUACUUUAGCAUUAAUUUUAUAUUUAACAGAAUAUGAACCAGAGAAUUUGAAUGCAUCAUUCAUGGGUACAAUGACUGUAUUAUAUCAUAAAUCUGAUUCUGGUCCAAUGAUUGAAAAGGGUGAUCAUAAAUUUGGUAUUCCAAUGAUAAUAAUUAUUUUAUCUUUAUUUGGUGGAAUCUUUCCAAAAUUAAGUUUAGAUUCAAUGUUUUUUUAUUUUAAAUUGUAA